GACGUCUUAAAAAUAUUCAAGUUUGGUUUCAAACUUCUUCAAUUAAAAAAAGUUAAAAUUAUUUUAUCUAUGAACUACAAAUGACUAUUUGUGAAACAUAACUUUCAAAAGGAUGCUAAAGUGUCGUCUCACAGUCACAAAUAUGAAGCUAGUUUUAUUUUACGUCAUAUUUUAUACGAAGACCGUCGCACGCAUUAUUGCGAUCGUGUAGGUGGCGCGAAAAGUAUGCUCGAUUUUCUUAUAGUAAACAACACUGAAAGGUAGUUUGCUGACUUGAGGAAGAAGCUUGUCAACAUGUCUCAAAAGAACACACUGUUCAAUUACUUUAAACGUGCUAAGCCCUCACCUACUGCAUCAACUGAUGAUAAAAAGACAGCUUCUUCUGAAGGCAAGAAGACAGUAUCAGAUGGCAAAAGUACACCAAAAGGCCCCAGUCAAAAAGGAAAUCUUUUGUCACGCAGCACAACUCCCAAGCGUCCACGACCAAAGGAAAGCAAGGGUGGCGAUGGCAAGAAGGAAAAAAGCAGCAGUGCGAAGCCCUACAAGCGUCUUCGCCUAAUCAGCGACGAUGAAGACAGUGAGAACGACCAGAGUCUGGCGAACGGGAAGGCUCCAGAAGGCGGUGAUGUGGUUAGGGAGAAGGAGUCUGGGCGUGGUGACGCUGACACAAAACCGCCGGACGAACCGGUCCUGUCGGAUUCGGACGGACCUCCGGAGGACGACGACUCGGCGGACGAAUAUAAAUCCGGCAAGCACGAGCUCAGCUCUGAGGACGAGCUGGCCGACGAUGCCGUUCCCUCCGAGGAGGAUUCGCCGGUGAAGAAGACCCCUAAGAGGAAGAAGCCGUCGGCGGCCACUCCGAAACAGACGCCCCUCUCCCAGAGUCGACUCCCGGGGACGCCGGCCACUCCGAAUACGGCGUCCACCCCGCGAGCUGGCGGCCCUUCCACCCCAGUCACACCCCGCGCUCUCGGCUCCGCCACAAAGAACAAGCUGGCCUGCUUCGCCUUGGAUAGCGAGCGGCCGCCGGCGCCGGCGGCGGACGCCGACCACUGGCCCCACCUGCAGCUGGAGUUCCUCCGGCCCGAGAAGCGCCGAGACGCCGCCGGGCGCCGACCCGACGACCCCGAGUUCGACCCGCGCACACUGCGCGUCCCGGCCGACUUCCUCGACAAACAGACACCGGCCAUGCGUCAAUGGUGGGUGCUCAAAAGCAAGCACUACGACUGCGUGCUCCUCUUCAAGAUGGGCAAGUUCUACGAGAUGUUCCACAUGGAUGCUGUCACCUGUGUCAAGGAGCUUGGCCUGCUGUACAUGAAGGGCGAGCACGCGCACGUAGGCUUCCCCGAGGCCUCCUACUGCCGCUACUCUGCCUCACUGGUAGCCAAGGGAUACCGCGUGGUGCGCAUCGAACAGACAGAGACGCCAGACAUGAUGCAGGCGCGCGUCGCCAAAAGCACCAAGAAAGCGACUAAGUUCGACAAGGUAGUGGCUCGCGAGGUGUGCCAAAUCACCACUAUGGGCACGCGCACGUUCAACGCCGUGGAGGGCGACGCGUGCGAGGCCGACCUCAGUUACCUGAUGGCGCUCAGAGAACAGGAGGUGGACGGCCAUCUGCAGUUCGGCGUCUGUUUCGUGGACACCUCGGUGGGCCUGUUCCACAUGGGACAGUUCACCGACGACUGCCACUGCUCCCGACUGCGCACCCUGCUGGCGCACUACCCGCCCUCACAGCUGCUGCUGGCCCGCACCACGGCACCCCAGGAGUCGCGUACCGUGCUGAACUCUCUGCUGCCCAACGUCCUGCGUGAGACGCUGCGGCCCGGCCAGGAGUUCUGGACGGGGGAGAAGACUCUGCGCUUCCUGGCCGAGACUGACUACUUCAGGGAGGAUGGGGACGAGACGGGUCCCGCCCAGUGGCCUGAGCUGCUCCUCCAAAUGACCAAAGAUGGCGACACACUGCACCUGACGCCUCGGCCCGACUGUGAGCUGGCCCUGCAGUGUCUGGGCGCCAUGACCUGGUACCUGCAGCUCUGUCUGCUCGACGCUCAGCUACUCUCGAUGCGCAGGUUCUGUCGGUACCAGCCGCCGGACAUCGAGAGCCAGCAGGAGGGCUCCUCUGGUCCGUCCAGCGGCGGGGGAGACGGCUCCGGUGAUCUGUCCACGGCCGACCCGACCCAGUCCGACCACACCGGGCGGAUGGUGUUGGACGGAAUCACUGUGAAGAACCUGGAACUGGUGGCCAACACGGUCGACGGCACCACCAAGGGCACGCUGCUCGGCGCCCUGGACACGUGUGCCACCGCCUUCGGAAAACGCGUGCUGCGCGCCUGGGUGUGCAGUCCCCUCCGCUCUCCGGCCGCCAUCGCCGCCCGGCUGGACGCCGUCGAUGACCUCAUCAGUCGCGCUGACGUCAUGGAUGACGUCACGGCGGCGCUGAAGAAGCUGCCCGACCUGGAGCGGCUGGUCAGGCGUAUCCACGUGCAGGGUAACGGUCGUCUGCGCGCCGGUGGCUCUCACCCCGACUCGCGAGCCAUCAUGUUCGAGGAGGGCAAGUACAGCCGGAGGAAGAUCCUGGACCUGCUGGCGGCCAUCGGCGGCUUCCAGCGCGCGCUCACCAUGGUCAGGACGAUGGCCGACACUGCCAGCUCCUUCUCCAGCUACCUGUUACGCUGCUGCCUCACCCUGGACGCCGACGGAGGAAAGUUUCCGGACUUCGCCGACGUGCUUGAGUACUUUGAAAGCUCGUUCGACCAGGAGGAGGCGCGCCGCGAGGGCCGCAUCCUGCCCGCCGACGGCGUGGAUGAACAGUUUGACGCCGCCAAGGACGCGCUGGAGCAGAUCGAACAGGAGCUGGCCGAGUACCUGCGGGAGCAGAGCAGACACUUUGGCUGCAAGGUGUCGUACUACGGCCAGGCCAAGAACCGUUUCCAGCUGGAGCUGCCGGAGCGAGUGUCACACAAGGUGGACGGCUCCUACGAGCUGCAGUCGCAGAAAAAGGGCGCCAAACGCUACUGGACAGACACCACGCGGCGUCUGUUGGCGCGCCAGCUGGCGGCCGAGGAGGCGCGCGCCGCCGCGCUGCGCGACAUCAGCCGGCGCAUGUUCGCGCGGUUCGCGCGCCACCACGCCGUCUGGGAGCGCGCCGUCCAGUGCCUGGGUCUGCUCGACUGCCUGCUGGCUCUGGCGCGCUUCAGCCGCGGAUGUGAGGUCGGCUGUCGGCCCGAGAUCGUCACCGACCAGAGCGAGCCGGUACUGGAGAUCGAGGAGGGCCACCACCCGUGGCUGGGCCGCUCCAGCGGCGGCAUCGACUUCAUCCCCAACACCAUAUCGAUGCAGCACGGCCGGCUGAUGCUCGUCACGGGCCCGAACAUGGGCGGCAAGUCGACACUGAUGCGGCAGGCCGGCCUGCUCGUCAUCCUGGCUCAGCUGGGCUGCCACGUGCCGGCAGAGUCUCUGCGCCUCUCGCCGGUGGACCGUGUGUUCACCCGACUGGGCGCCCAGGACCGCAUCAUGAGCGGCCAGUCCACCUUCCACGUGGAGCUCAGCGAGACGGCCGCCAUCAUGCGGCACGCCACCGUUCACUCGCUGGUACUGGUCGACGAGCUCGGUCGCGGCACGUCGACGUUCGACGGCUGCGCGAUCGCGUCCGGCGUGCUGCGCCAGCUGCUGCGCACCGGCUGCCGCUGUCUGUUCUCCACCCACUACCACAUGCUGGUCGAGGAGUUCGAGCACGAGCCGCGCGUCCGGCUGGCCCACAUGGCCUGCAUGGUGGAGAAUGAGAAUGAGGAGGAUCCCACAGAGGAGACCAUCACCUUCCUGUACAAACUCAGCGACGGCGCGUGUCCGAAAUCCUACGGGUUCAACGCGGCGCGCCUGGCCGGCAUCCCCGUGGAGGUGGUGCGAAAGGCACACCAGGUGGCGCGCCAGUUCGAGCAGCGCAUUGAGAAAAUGGCGCGCUUUGCGGCUGUUUGGCGCGAACACUGCGGCGGUACGGCUGUGAGCCCGGCCGCGGCUAUCGCGGCUCAGUAGGGCGGCUCGGGAUGUGGAGGAGGGGACGAUCGAAACGCGGGGACCUGCGAUGGACCGAGGUUUGAGACUGCAAUGGGUGGUCCAACGAGGGCGAUGAAGUGCAAACUGUGAGGAAAGUGCCAUGGCGCAUGCAGCCAACGGUCGUUUACAGGCUGUUAGAACUAUGAAUGAAAGUGUUUUUGUUGGAUCUGUUGGUGCCAAGAGCUGAAAUACAAGCUGUUUUCUAGA